GUUAGGAAAGAGAAAAAUGGGGUUGAAUUCCUAAACAAGCUAUGAAGACCCUUGGCGAGACAAGCGCUUUCGCAUGAACUGCAAACACGUUGGUUUAUUAACAUUUACUGCACGUAUAAGAUGAGAGAAGCCCCUGCAAAGUAAUGGUACGGUAGUGUACGUGUAGCUUCUUCAAAAGUGACGAGCAUAGCAGAUAUUCCUGCUGGAACGGGGGAAAAUGGCUCUGUCGAAACCAAUAUAUAGUCUGAUGGAGAAAUACUUUGAACAACUCUACACACAUCCCAUAAGGACAAAAUCUAUUAACAGCUGUGUAAUUGCAGUGCUAGGAAAUCUGGCAUUCCAGUACCUCUCCGGAAAUAAAGUCUUAAACCAAGAUAGUUUAAUUGCAUAUGGAUUAUAUGGUUUGCUGUUUGGUGGAUCAAUACCCCAUUUUUUCUAUAAAGGACUGGAUGGAUUUAUACCAUAUGGAACAUCACAUCGUUCACUUAAGCAGCUUGCAGUGGAGCGUUUCAUAUUUAUGCCUCUGUACCAAGCCUUUUCCUUGUACAUGCUUGCAAGGCUAGAGGGAAAAUCACACAAUGAAGCCAUGGGGCAGCUACUACGCAUCUAUGGACCUACCGUCAGAGCCAAUUGGAUUUGGUUAACAGUAGUGCAGUAUCUGAAUCUAAGAUUAGUACCACCAAUGUUGAGAGUGCUUUUCGCAAAUUUGAUAGGAUUUUUCUGGAUCAUAUAUCUGGCAAAGAGGAGGCAAGCAAGAGAAAGGAAAGGAAAUAAGCAAUGAGAGGACCGUCUUCAGUGCAGCAAACUAUUGCACGGAGAAAGUGAAAGUAACGAUAAUGAAGUACUGUUGUAACAUUAAAACCUGUUACAUUCGUGUUUAGUGAAUUGUGAAUUUCCUCACAUUCCUUGUACAGGGAGUCCUGAAAUUGUUAUUUUGUUAUGUUUUCACAGUAUUUUUUUUAAGACAAAUAUGUUAUAUCUUAUUUUUAUAACUGCUUAACUUGGAGGGUAAAAAUAAAAUUUUGUUUGCUGUA